CAAUAUUUGGAGCUGGAAAUCGAAGCAGUUUACCAAAAUGUAUUGCAAGAUAUUAUGUUUCGCUGCCCUCGUCGCCGUUGCUGCGGCACAAUACGGCUACGGUCAUGGGUCAGCGUACUCGUCUAAUCACAUCUCCCGACACGAUGGACAUCCACAACUGGUCCAUGGACAUCACGGUCACCAUGAUUACCAUGCAUAUCCCAAGUAUGAGUUCGAGUACAAAGUGAAGGAUCCUCACACUGGAGAUAUCAAGGAUCAACACGAGAGCCGUGACGGAGACCACGUGACAGGAUACUACUCCCUUCACCAGCCUGACGGAUCCGUUAGAUCUGUUCACUAUCACGGUGAUCAUCACACUGGACUCCACGCUGACGUUAAAUAUGAUACCCAUCAUAUUGUCCCCCAGCACCAUCAUUACUGAAAACUGUUUUUUAAUAUUGUGUUACCUUUUCCUGUGUUAUUUUGAGACUUUUAUACCAUUUUCAAAUACAAUAAAAUUGUUUUCAUAUUUU